ACUAAAGUUGACUGAAGUCUGAAACAGCUGAACAGUGAACAGUAUGGAGACACACAUGUGACAGUUAUCAUAUGCUAAAAGAGAGUUUGUAACAGUAAUUUACAAGAGCCAUUACAUUGGAGAUGUAUAAUUGAAUACAAAAGCAACGUCUUUAGUGACAGCUCAUCGAACUUUUCUAUUAUUGACACUUAUCAAAAAACAAUUAACAAUGGCUUCUGAAAAGAACCAUUCUGUUAAUUCGAACCAUACACUUCCAACGAACGUGAAGAUCAAAGUUGAACCAGGAACGUCAAUGCCUGCUCCCAUAAGAAACAUUAAGAUUGAACCCGGUCUGUCGACGUCUACCACUAGACUGACAUCGUUCCGUUUGCCGAGAGACCUAACCUUAGGAGGCAACAUAAAAACAGAAAAAUCUAAAAAAGUGUACACACCAAAUUUAAAUGCUCAGAGAACAAAAAAGAAAGAUGAUGCCGGACCAGGUGAUUCUGCGAAACCAGGGAGGGUUAGAGAUAGUGUUCGAGGACGUGGUAGAGGUGGCAGAAAUGAUAGAGGACGUGGGAGAGCUAGCAACUUGAUACAAUCUAGUGGUAUUUGGUCUACUGGAAUAAAUAGCACACCGGGUAAACGUAGUAGUGGUGGCGGUGGUGGUGGAGGCUAUGGAGACAGUGACAGAAGCUCUCAAAUAGCCUUAGAAAAACCAAAAUUAGAUCUAAAUCGUACUGUUGACAAAGCUGAGGAAGAAGAAAAAUUGAAAUUGUUAUUGAGAGAUGAUUUUAUUGAUUCCGGAGAACCUGAAGAUAUUGAUAAUGGACCUAUUACCUUGCCAAUGCUCAAAGCAAAGCUACAGAAAGUAGAAAUUAAACAGGAGAUUGGGCUUGGGGAAGAAGAAGUAAAUACAAAACCGAUUAUAUCAGAGAAUGGAGAAGUGUUACCAGUUAAAAAGGAAGUUAAAAUCAAGAUCCCUAAACCGGAAGUAAAACCGGAAGAGGAGUUGGAUAAUAUUUCGCAGAUGAUCGACAACAAGACGAAUUCGUACAUUCUAAUACAGUUUCCAGAUUGUUUACCUGGUUUUGUUGGAAGCGCUGAAGACACUAGAUCUACUCGUCCAAAUGCAUCAAAUCAAGAAAAAGAAAAUGGAACUACUUCGGACACAGACUUUUGUACUUUGAAUAGCUUGAAGCCUGGUAUUUUAGGAAAAUUACAAAUUUUAAAGUCAGGAAAGACACGAUUAGUGUUGGGGGAGAACAAUCUGAUUGUAGACUUGGGAUCGCGGGUUAGCUUUCGACAGGAUCUGAUCGCUGCGAAAGUAGACACCGAAAAGUUAACUGGUGAUUUAAUAAAUCUUGGGCCAGUUAGUAACACGCUUGUAUGUUCCCCUGAUUGGGAAUCUAUGUUGGCUUAGGUGUAAAUAUAUUUUUCUUAUAAAAAAUCGUAUGACAUGAGUAGAUUCAUUCAUACAUUUAAAAUAUAGCACUCCUGAAAAGUUUGUUAUAAUAGUACCCUCCGUAAAAUAAAGGUCGCGACAACAGUUUCCUGCAAGA